CCUCAACCACGACGAGCUAGGGUUUUUUUUUCAGAGCUCUAUCCAACCCUCACUAUCAAAACCCAAAAAAUUACGAAUCAAAAUCAACGAUUUCUCUAUCCAUUUUCUCUUUUUUCCAAUCAUACGGAUUCUUAUUCAGGUUGUUAUCGAAGUUGCCUUUGAUUCCCUCUGUUAAGGGGUUCUUCGUGCUAUCUCCUUCUGUUAUUAGAGUUAAUCAAGGUAUUUUUUUUGAUAGGUAGGACAUAAGAAAGAGAUUAAGAGGGGGUGUCAAAUUUUAGCGAGAAAUGGAUCAUGGUGAUGAUGUUGGAGUCAUCCCUUUCGUUAAUGGAGGUGAUGAACAUCUAGAGUUUGACAACAACGAUCGAAAUCACGAAGAUGUUGAUAACGUAGAUGAUAGUGGAGGCAAUGAGAUAAAGCAUUCAAUCAAUGACAGUAAUCGUGAUUCUUCAGCAGGCAAACUCUUUGUUGGAGGCAUUGCUUGGGAGACAUCAGAAGAGUCCUUUGGCAAUUACUUCAGCAACUAUGGAGAAUUAACGGAUUCUGUGAUAAUGAUGGAUAAAAUUACUGGACGACCACGGGGUUUUGGGUUUGUAACAUUUGCUGACCCAGCAGAUGCUGAUAAGGUCCUGCAGCAAGAUCAUGUCAUAGAUGGCAGACCGGUGGAAGUUAAGAGGACAGUUCCUAGGGAGGAUAUGCAGGUAAGAGGAAUAUCAAGAACAAAGAAAAUAUUUGUUGGUGGUAUACCGUUAACUUUAACAGAAGAUGAGUUGAGGGAGUAUUUCUCUUCUUACGGUGAUAUUAUUGAGCAUCAGAUUAUGUUGGAUCGCACCACCGGAAGAUCAAGAGGAUUCGGUUUUGUAACAUUUGACAGCGAAGAUGCUGUAGAAAAGAUAUUUGCUGAUGGUCAACUACAUGAACUUGGGGGAAAGCAAGUGGAGAUAAAGAGGGCGGAACCAAAAAGGGCUGGCGGUGAUUACUCUUAUGACAGCCGGUCCCAGCAUGGUGACGGUGGUUCAAAGUGGUAUGGUGGUGGUGGUGGUGGUGGUGGUGGCAUGGGCAGGAGUUCAGGUGGAUAUGGAGGUGGGUAUGGUGGAAAAGCAGGGAGAGGAUAUGACAGCUAUGGGGGCGGUUAUCCUGGCUAUGACAGUUAUGGGGGAGGCUACGGUGGUGGCUCUGCAGGUUUUUACGGUGGUUAUGGUGGAUAUGGAUAUGCGUUUGGUUUUGGUGGCCCCAUGUAUGGUGGUGGAUAUCCAGGCGGUGGGUACGGUGGUUAUGGUGGUCCUGCUGGUUAUGGUGGUGGUAGGGGUUAUGGAAGUGGUGGUUCUGGUUUUGGUGGCAAAGGAUUUGGUAGGGGAGGAGGUGGAGGUCCAGCUGGUGAUGAGUAUGGAUUUGAUGGUAGCAAAGGAUACGGGGGCGGUGGUGGCAGUAGUAGUACCAGUGGUGGCGGCGGUGGUGGUGGUAGUGGUAGGUUCCAUCCUUAUAGGAAGUGAUUUGGGGUCAAAUUAUUAGGUGGUAAUGUAGAAUUUGUUGUUUUGAAGUUUAGAUUGGAUUUUCCAUUGCAAUGUGUUCUUAUUUUUUGGGUGAAUUUAUGGAACUUGGAAGCUGAGGUUAAAUUGUAUCAUAUACAAACUGUAAAAGCAAAACUGUUUUUUGGGGGCU